AUGAAGCAGAUUUGGGAACUUCUUACAUAUUUUAGAGAAAAUGAUUUCUUAGCUUAUAAUAGUAAAAAAUAUCUUAAAGCUAGGAAGUUAAAAAGUUAUUGGAGUGAUUUUAAUGGAUUUUAUACAAGUUAUACACCUGAAAUUGGUAUUGCUAUAUGUUUCUCUUGCAAUCAAUUAGUAUAUACCAGAGAAUGGACUAAAAAUAUAGGUAAUUAUAAUCACAUAGGAAUGGCUUCUCAUUGUACAGGAAAUAUCUUUUGUGAUAUAAGUUAUGAUAAAUAUUUAAAAAUCCAGCAAAAAUCUAUUUCAGGGUAUUACUAUGAUAAUGAGUAUGCAUUACACGGAUAUAUUUUGUGGAUGUCAAAUGCUAUCAGAAGGAUCAAACGUGCUAGAGAAGCUGCAGAAGAAGCUCGCAUUCAGGAUGUACUAUCGCGUCUUCGGCACAAACUAUCUGAAAUACAAGAAAAAGUAAAAAUGCAAAAUUCAAGUAACCGGGAAAUGGAUGAAGAUUCGGUUAAUGAAGGUCCUGUACAUGAUGGAAGCAUCUCCACAAAAGAUAUUUCGCCAUCCUCAGCUUGUUUAGAAUUAUCUGUAAUUUCUCAAUCAUCCGCUUCAACUAUUGAAACUUACUCCGAUGAAGAAAAAUUAUAUAUGCUCUGUGGAUCCAAAUCUGAUACAAAAUGUCCACAAUUACAAUAUACCGAUUCUAUUAUCUCCGAAGGAGGCACAGCUAAUGGUAAUGUAGAUAGGGACAUAACUUCUACAACCCCGAAUGAAACAAAAUUUCAACCCAUCAAUGCUAACUUUACGCUUUUAUAUGAAAAUCUUUGUGAUGAUGCUAUAAUUCUUGCUGAUCGUAAAACCCAAGAAGCUAUCAUGUGUUAUUGCCUAUUUGGAAAGGCUCUUAUUAAAAGACGUAAUGAAAUAGCAUCGGAAAAACAAGUUGAUCCAGAAUCCAAUACUCCUUUACGUAAGAGAAUCGAAAAAACAAAGAAGCUUUAUAAACGUUUUGAUGCUAAAAUUUAUCGCAUUCAUUCCUUUUCUGCUGACAGAUGUUUCUUUACAGCUUCAGUUUUAUUCACAUGUAUAACUUAUAUUCCCGAACUGGAUGUGAAAGAAUUACUUGAGUCUGAAGUAUCUGAAUUGGAAGAAGCAUUCGAAUCCGUGGAAUACUUGACCCCACCUUUCUUGCUCUUAUUUUGGCGUGAAUUAGAAGAAGCGGAGUCUGUUGCUUUUACCCAAGCAUCUUCUGCAUCGGUCACAAUUUCAGAUGAAGGAGUUUAUCAGACACAUAGAUGGCCCGAGGAAUUCUGGUAUAAGACGGCAAUUAACUUUUUGGGUCCCUACUCUAGCUUUGGUUAUUUUCAUGAUAAUAACCAGUCUGUUACAAAUGAAGCAAUGGUUAAAGAUAAUAUCAAUAUUGACUCGUCUCAAGAAUUCUGUGAAAAGUUAGUGGCAUCAUUCAAUUUGCAAGAAUUACGUGAAAGUGUUGAACAAGUCUUUAACAGAGCAACGGAAUACUAUUAG